CAUUAGAAAAAGUCCAACACACCUUUAUAAACCAAGAUAACCCAAACUUGUUGAUUGUGAUUGGGUUUUCCAAAAUGAAUGUGCGAUUGGAGUGCUCUCCAUCGCUUAAACACAAGCUUAAACACACAUUAUUAUGUGGGUGUUUCAAGCAUCACUCCGUCGACUACGACCACUUGCCCAAUGAUGGCUCCCCUACCUCCCACCACCAACACAAUAAUCACCGCCUCACCCGAACCUCCUCUGCGGGUGGGGGUGGGGGUAGUGGUGGGAUGAGAUCAUCAAGGUCCGAAGAGUUUCUAAAUCUAAAACAUAAGUGUCGCAGUCUCAUGACCAGAAUGGGGACGAGCACCCCUCGUGGUCAUCAUAGGAAAUCUCAAUCUACGGAUUUUCGUUACGACCCUCUUAGCUAUUCUCUCAACUUCGAUGAGGAUGAUACUCUUGUUGAUGAUUAUCCCUAUCGAAACUUCUCUUCUAGGUUGCCACCCUCGCCGCCUCCGGAACCUCCAACAAGGUCCAUUUCUGAUGGGGCGCUCGAUAAGGCCGCAACUUCUCAUCAGGAUGAAACAUCUUCUACGUCUACGACCCUCACCACUCCUCCACCGCCCAGGGUCAUCACUGCGUACAGCUAAAUUUUAAUUUUAAUUUUUAAUUUUUUUUAUUAACAAGUUUUGGUUUAUAUGGCAAUAUAAAGUUACGUUGUUGAUCUAUAGGAAAAAGGAGAUGAAAUGUUUGUGUUGA